AUGUCUGCCCAGGCCAGGCGCUCCACGGGCCUGGCCGUGCGCUGGUCCGGGGCUGCCAGUCUCAAAUUUAGCCAGCACCAGCACCAGCUCCAGCUCCAGGUCAAGAGGACACAUCAACUUCAACCUUCGCGCCGGCUGCAGACGCUGUCCUCGCCCCCGAUCGUGCCGCCCUUCUCGCUGUCGGCCUCGUCCAAUUGCCAUCUUGCCCUGGCCGACACCUUGACGUCUCGCAGCGCCGUGCUUCACAUCUGCCCCGUCUUCCGCGGCCGCAUCCGCUCGCUGCCCUUCAUCAUGGGCGCCGCUCGCCAGGCACGCGACCAGCACAACCACGACCGCGAUCACGAUCACGACCACGACCAUGGACACGAUCACGGCCACGGCCACGGUUUGUUUGGCCAUCACCAUCACCACGACAACACCUUCCUCAUGUCGACGGACAAGAACGACCCCGGCGUGCGCAUCACCCGCAUCGGCCUGCUCAGCAACCUCAGCAUGGCUAUUGCAAAGUUCAUUGGCGGCUGGGCCUUCAACUCCAAGGCCAUGAUUGCCGACGCCUGGCACAGCAUCGCCGAUCUGGCCUCGGACAUCCUGACCCUUGCCACGGUGUCGUGGAGCCUCAAGUCGCCGACCGACCGAUUCCCCCUGGGCUUUGGCAAGGUCGAGAGCCUGGGCGCGCUCGGCGUGUCGGGCAUGCUGAUCGUGGGCGGCUUCUACAUGGGCUUCGAGAGCGCUGUGACGCUCUAUGGCCAUUGGAACCCGGAAGCUGCCCAUCAUGUGUUGGAGCACGUCGGGCAUGGACAUGGACACUCUCACUCGCACAGUCACGCGGAUCUCGGUAUUCCCAGCUUACACGCCGCCUGGCUGGCAGCGGGCACCAUUCUGAUCAAGGAAUGGCUAUACCAAGCCACCAUGAAGGUUGCGCGCGAACGCAAGUCGUCCGUCCUCGCCUCCAACGCCAUCCACCACCGCAUCGACAGCUUGACAGGUAUCGUGACGCUCUUUGCGAUUGUCGGGGCCAAUGUCAUUGAAAACGCCGCCUGGCUGGAUCCCGUCGGCGGUCUCCUCAUUUCCGCCAUGGUCCUGCACGCCGGCCUGGGCAACACGAAAUCCGCCUUCCUGGAGCUAAUCGACCAAAGCCUCGACGACGAAGUCAAGGCGUCAAUUCGCAAGCACGCGCAUCGCGCAAUCGCAAACGUCAGCGAAGGCCAUCGAGCCGAACUGCGGGACAUCACCGGGACCAAGUCUGGGCCCAACUACCUGGUCGAUCUGGAGAUGGCAGUGCCCGGCGCAUGGACAAUCGACGAUGUGAAGGAUCUGGAAGAUGCGGUUCGCACUCUGGUGGGAGGCAAGGUGCGCGGCGUGAAGCGAAUCCGUGUGCGCUUCGUAUCGCGAGAUGCAGAUGUUAACAAGCGAUUCGACGAAUUCAUCCCAGGCAGCGCCCGGGCAAGCGUCUCGGAGGAAUCAGAGCAGGGGGAGGAGGAGCACGAUCACGACCACAAGCACAAACACUAG